CACUACACCUUUCAACAGCACUCCUGGAGUUUCAAAUUUAAAGUAUUUUCUGAAAAUUCUACCAAAUUGCAGCAAAUCUAACACUGAUCGAAUCAAUUCAUCAUCAAAUCGAGUGAAAAAGAUGGCAGCAAAGCAAAUGGAAGAGAUACAGAGGAAAUUAACGUUGUUGGCUUACCCAAGAGCCAAUGCCCCUUCUCAAUCUCUCCUCUUUGCCGGCAUGGAGCGUUACUCCCUUCUCGAAUGGCUAUUUUUCAAGUUAUUGGGUGAUAAAUCCCCUUUUUCUCAACAAAAUUUACACGGGGACGCUAUGGAUCGGGACGAAGAGACCUCUCGCAUACAAUAUUUGGCAGAAAUUGCAAAGUUUCUUGGCAUAACCACUAGUGUAGAUACAGAAGCUAUUCAAGGGAGAGGAAGUUAUGAAGAAAGGACAGAAAUGCUUCGACUGAUUGUAGAUCUUGUGGAAGCUAGCAUUUAUGCUGAUAAUCCUGAAUGGAGUGUUGAUGAACAGGUAGCAAAGGACAUACAACUGAUAGAUUCUAUUGCUGAAAAACAAGCUCAAAUUUUCUCUGAAGAAUGCAAAUUAUUCCCUGCUGAUGUGCAAAUUCAAUCCAUAUAUCCAUUGCCUGAAAUAUCAGAUUUGGAGAAACAACUUGCAACUCAAUCUAGUAGAUUAUCGAGUUUACAAGAAAUGGUUGAUGAUUUGGCAUCAAAGCAUUCGUAUGAUCCUGAUGAGGAUUAUGCUGAGGUGGACAUGAAGCUAAGGGCACAUCUAGAAUCUUUCUUAGAAACUGCAAGAUCCUUUAAUACAAUCUACACAAAGGAAAUACGUCCAUGGACACAUAUGAUGGAAGUACCACAAUUACAUGGAUUUGGACCAGCUGCAAAUCGCUUAUUAGAAGCUUACAAGCUGCUCUUAAAGUUUUUAGGAAACUUGAGAAACCUACGUGACUCACAUGCUGCGGUGGCCGUUGGAUCAUCGGAAACAAUCUCCGGUCAACCAUCGUCGGUGGCAAGAAUAAUAUCCGAAUGUGAAUCCGCUUUGACUUUCUUAAACCGUGAUCUUGGAAUCCUUUCCGCUUCUAUAGCUCGUGAUGAAGCAAAAAAAUCAGGGUCAACUAUUGACUAAAACAAUGUGUAGAAGUAUAAGUAGAACCACAUCAAUUCUAAAUUCAUAUUCUUUUUGCUCCACCUAAACAACAAUGUUUAAAAAAUGAUUGAUUUACCCUUUUUGUGUUUGAGGCUAAUUCUUUUGAUGAUUUUUGGUUG